GGAGGCUCGCGCCCGCGCUCCCCGCGCUCACACGCGCUCACACGCAGCCUGGCUGGCGGCCGCCGCUCCCCGGCCACCCCUGCUCCCCGGCGCACCCCGCGCCUCCCUUGCGCUCGGCCGCGCCCCGCGUCCCCGCGGGUCCUGCGGGAAGAUGGUCCACGAGCGGUGGAAGACCGUGGGCGGCGCGUCCCAACUUGAGGACCGACCGCGCGACAAACCGCAGCGACCAAGCUGCAGCUACGUGCUGUGCACGGUGCUCCUGUCCCUUGCAGUACUUCUGGCCGUGGCUGUAACGGGUGCAGUGCUCUUCCUGAACCAUGCCCACGCACCGGGCACGGCCCCCCCACCCAUCGUCAGCACAGGGUCUGCAGGGGCCAACAGUGCCCUGGUCACAGUGGAGAGGGCCGACAGCUCCCACCUCAGCCUCCUCAUCGACCCUCGCUGCCCUGACCUCACUGACAGCUUCACCCGCCUGGAGGGUCUGCAGACCUCCAUGCUGCGGGCACUGAGUGAGCAGCAGGCACAGCCGAGGCUGGAUGGUGCCCCCGAGCUGCUGGACGCACUGGCUGACCAGCUGCCCCGGCUGCUGGCCCGGGCCUCCGAGUUGCAAGCUGAAUGUGCUGGGCUGCGCAAGGGACACAGCAUGCUGAGCCAGGGCCUCAGCACCCUGCAGAGCGAACAGAGCCGCCUCAUCCAGCUUAUUUCUGAGAGCCAAGGCCAUGUGGCUCACCUGGUGAACUCCGUCAGUGAUGUCCUGGAGGCUCUGCAGAGGGAGCGGGGGCUGGGCCGGCCCCGUGUCAAGGCUGACCUUCAAAGGGCCCCUUCCAGAGGAGCCCGGCUGAGAGGCUGCGCUAAUGGCUCUCGGCCCCGGGACUGCCUGGAUGUUCUCUUGAGUGGACAGCAGGAUGAUGGUAUCUAUUCAGUCUUCCCCACUCACUACCCAGCUGGCUUCCAGGUCUACUGUGACAUGCGGACUGACGGCGGAGGCUGGACGGUGUUUCAGCGCCGGGAGGACGGCUCUGUGAACUUCUUCCGAGGCUGGGAGGCAUACCGGGAGGGCUUUGGCAAGCUCACAGGGGAGCACUGGCUGGGGCUCAAGCGGAUCCACGCCCUGACCACGCAAGCCGCCUAUGAGCUUCACGUGGACCUAGAAGACUUUGACAAUAGCACCGCCUAUGCCCACUAUGGGAGCUUUGGCGUGGGCUUGUUCUCCGUGGACCCUGAGGAGGAUGGGUACCCACUCACGGUGGCCGACUACUCGGGCACUGCAGGUGACUCCCUCCUAAAGCACAGUGGAAUGAGAUUCACCACCAAGGACCGGGACAGCGACCACUCGGAGAACAACUGUGCCGCCUUCUACCGAGGAGCCUGGUGGUACCGCAACUGUCACACAUCCAACCUCAACGGCCAGUACCUGCGUGGUCCUCAUGCCUCCUACGCCGACGGCGUCGAGUGGUCCUCCUGGACUGGCUGGCAGUAUUCACUCAAGUUCUCAGAGAUGAAGAUCCGGCCGGUGCGAGAGGACCGCUAGACUGGCACGCUGCCCAGCACUGGUGUCCUCUGGUUAUGACCAGUCCCCACACAUCUCACCCCAUGCCCGCUCCAUGCCCGCUGUUGCAAGAACGUUCUCUGCCCACCUGUGCAUGGCUGACCUGCGCUUCUUUAGGACAGCCCUUAAACUCAGCUCCCUGAGCCGUGACAACCCCUUUGCAACUAGGUCCCUAUUUAUCAGCCGACAUGAUCUCGUUUCUACCAGUGGGACUGGCACCUGGCAACCCCAAAUCCCACUUGCUCCAACUUUGGUCCCCAUGCUGUGCCUGCUGCCUCCUGGCAGGGCAGCAAUCCCCCACUUUUCCUGGCUUUGGUGAGAACAUCUAGAGUAGGGUUCAAACAGCACUCCGGACCUCUCUAGCAGAUCAACGCAGAAGGCUCAGGCCUUCUGACACCCGCCUGCCUGCCCUAGCCCCACUCCCUCUGGGCCUGGAGACCCCACCUCUUAUCAGACACCCCGAAUAGCUGGGGCUGAGCAUUGCUUGGUUUCGUCACCUUGUGGGCAACUGGCCUGAGACACAGCUGUCUACAGAGCCCCAAACCCCAAGGCUGAGGCCAGGCCCCUAGGCUGCCCUUCCCUGGGCCUCCGCAGACCUGAGAGGUUUCUGUCCUGGCUGCUUUUAAAGUUCAUCUGCUUUUCCCCACUCAAGCGAGGUCUACCUGGCCUCCCGCAUGGCGGCCACGGCAGCUGCCCCACUUCGCGGGCCUCUGGGGCAGGGGUGGGACCGGCCUAUGCCAAUGAGACCCUCUUGGGGCGGGGCUCUGCUAACCCCCAAGGACUGCCUCUAGGAUCCUCCCAGAAGCCAGAGAAUAGACGCAAGCAAGCCCUGAGACUCAGCAUGGCCCAAAGCUGCCAUCUCCGCAGAGAGGCUGCCCCCUACUGGUGAUGAUGGGUACUGCCACCAGGACCUAACGGGGCAGGAGACUGAGGCACCAAGCAGGUUGGGCAUCUGGACCUGCACUCCACCAGUGCCCCCACAGGUGAUCUCCCAGGAAGGCAGGCUGCAGCCCUGUGGGAAGCUGAUGGGAGCUUUGAAAAGGCUGGAAGGUAGGAUGGCAAGGGUGACUUCUGGUAGGCAGGCCGGCAGGCAGGCACCCAGGCCCUUUCCUUCCGCAAGACUUGUAGCAAAGCCUGAAGCCCACAGAUGGACUGUGCUACCCGCUCAGUCCCUCACGUUGGGCCUCGUGUCUUCUGUGAGAGUCAAAGUCGCCCUCAGUACUGGACAAGACCAGUUGUUACUUACCUGGUCCCCAGCCGGUGGCAAGAAACGUGGUUCCAGUCCAGAGUAGCCAGGGUUCUGACGGGACAAGGGACACACAGGGAAGUCCCCUCUCACUCCCUGUCUGUCCUCCGGUCCUGGCACCUAGUCUCAUUGCAGAGGUGGCAGACACUGCCACCCCCGAGGCCGCUGCUGAAGUAGCUUCUGCCGCCAGCUGCCUCUGUCAACGGGGCUCAGACAUGCCGAAUGCCUUCUGAUGUGUCAUCAAACAAACUCCUGGGAGUGUGAUGUUAACGGAUUCACAGAUGCAAGUGUGCGACGGGAGGCCUGGGCUCCGGGCCAGGGCUGGGCUGUGGAACACAGGGGCUGAAUGAAGUUCACCCCGACGGGGAAGCUGGCGGACAGGUGAGGGGUGGCAUGCAUUCCUGUCUGGUCACACCAGAGACAGUAGCCCUUCAGAGCCCAGCCGCUGCUGUAGGGACACCAAGCCCUCCCCAGGCCAGGCUGGUGCUCUAGGAGUGUGGCUUUGCCAAGCUGGCUGAGUGGGCUCAAAGUCCCUCAGAGUGGGGAGAGGCCAGCCCAACAGCCAUACCUUCGCCUUCUGAGUGUGUGCCCCCAAAGGCAGAUGGGAGCACUGUCCCUGCACACUGGGUCACAGCCUCCAGCCUUGGCUUGAGGAGUUCGCUGGCCUGAUGUCUGUCAUCUGUGAUCAGAGUGCCCACAGGAAUGCUGGGAAAACUUUGGGGGGUCAGGUUAGGUCCAGACCUACUUUGGCUGAGUGAGUCCCAUGAUGCUCUCCUUCAGGCACAGGGUCUCCAUGCCCCACAGUAGGGUCUUGGCAACAUGGCUGUCUCUACUUGCAGACCAUCAAAACUUCUUUCGAAGUGCAAGUUGGCUCCAUGGAUUCCACUGAAGCCCUCAAAACUGGCUAGACCUGUGUCAUGCCAAUGGCCACCUAGCCAGCAUGCAGUGAGCGGACAGCGCCUUGGUUCCCCUACAAGCCCGAGCCUUUGAGAGAUCAGGUUAGAGCUGUGUGCCUCUCCUGUGACGCCAGUGGCUCGUGAAUGGGGCACUGGUGUUUGUGGGCAGAAGUGGCGUCCCCAGUGCCCAUCUCUUCCCUGCCUCCUCAUCCUUAUCACCUCAAGCCUGUUGGUGGAACACAGAGUCUGUGGCCAUGGUCACUGUAGGUCCUGGCCCCCAAGGAGCACUCCUGGGAGAGAGCAGGGCCUUGGAUGAUCAGAAAGUGCGAGCAACAGUGUGGCCUUCCAGCUCCAACCCAGAUGUCGUGGCCCUGGGGCAGGAGAUGUGGACAAGGGGCAAGGUCAAUGACCAUGGCUGCCCUGAUCCCCAUCCUGUGAUCUGAGGAGCAACAUCCUGGCAGAGACUCAUGGAGCUCAGAACUAUGAUGAAGGGACAUUGAACCAAUGGUCUCAGAGAGCCUCAGUUUCUUCAUCUGCCUUGGGGAAGGCUGCUGGAUGCUCUGAUGGCCCAACCUUUGUAGAGAUCCAUAAACCCAGAGGGCUGCUGUGGAACUGGGGUGGGGGAGGGGUCCAACCUGAGGCUAGCUGUGAUUAGUAGGGCAGGUGUGCAUGCUGGUGGGUCCAAUUGGGUCCUGGGGCUGGGGAGGAGCUCUGAGGGUCAGCGAAACACCCCCAUGGGCAAAUGGUGUGGGGCAGUUUCUACUUUGGGUGGUGUGCACUUGGUGUCCUGUAUGUCCCUGUCUCCAAUAAAGUCUUGUGGUGACCCCG